GAGCGGCGGGAACGACCGGUUGAUUAGAUCGAUAUGCCCCUUAAUAUGUCUGGGGAAUCGACGAUCCCCCUCCCGAGUCACGUUCCCGCGGAACUUCGGAAGUCGUUAAUCUGUGUAUUGAAUGGUUACGCAGAAGUGUUGAGCGUGCAUGACAAUGAUAUUGGGAUAACUAAUGUAAUUGAACAUGCCAUUCUCACGGGAGAUCAUCCGCCCAUUAGUUGCGCUCCCUACCGAUACUCGCCAGCUCAACGAGCGGCCGCUUUUCAGCGGAUUAAAGAGUUUGAGGCUAAUGGAUGGAUCGAACCUGCUAUAGGUCCGUGGUCUUUUCCCGUAGUGAUCGUACCUAAAAAGGCCGGAGGGAUUCGUAUUUGUAUUGAUUAUCGAAAAUUGAAUGAUAUCACGAUUAAAGAUGUGUACCCCCUCCCCCGAAUCGAUGAAUUGUUGGAUGCGAUUGGGAGUGCUCGAUUUUUCAGCAAGUUUGAUGUUCGCCAUGGAUUUCAUCAUCUUCUUGUUCGAGAAGAAGAUCAUCCGCAAACCGCGUUUGUGCUUUUCAAAGGUACGUGGCAAUGGAUUCGAUGCCCGAUGGGUAUUUGCAACGCCCCCGCGACUUUUCAACGGGCCAUGAACAUGGCUUUUCAGAAUUUCAUGCGGAAGACUCGCCUGGCGCAGAGCAUCAUCAACUACUGCUUGAUUGUGUACAUGGAUGACAUCUUGGUGUAUUCGAGCUCCUAUGAGGGACACGUGCAGCACAUCGAAUGGGCACUGCAUGCGUUACGAGAUGCAGGUUUCAAGGUGGCGCUUGAGAAGUGUCAGUUUUUCCUCACCACCAUUUCCUUCCUGGGGCACGUGGUGACAGACGAAGGACUCCAACCGGAACCGCAGAAGGUGGCAGCUGUCAGGGACGUGCCGGUGCCUACGACUAUUAGGCAAGUUCGCGCCUUUCUGGGCCUAGCCUCGUACUACCGAAGAUUUAUCAAGGGCUUCGCGGCGAUUGCGGGACCCCUCACAAAUCUCCUGCGCAAGGAUCAGCCGUUGAUCUGGACGCCGGGGUGCGAUCAAGCGUUUUCCAAACUCAAGGCUGCUCUCAUUUCGGCUCCGGUCCUUAUAAGACCAGAUCCCGAAAAGCCUUUUGUCCUCAUCACCGACUGGCAGCCAGAGGCGAUCUCGGCGAUCCUUGCCCAGGUGGGACCGAGCGGACUCGAGAGUGUAGUGGAGUAUGCGUCCAAAUCAGUGCCCGCCUGCAAGCGCAAUUACGCCGCUCCAACAGGUGAAUGCUAUGCGGCUCUCUGGGGAAUCAGUCACUUUCGUGCUUACCUGUACGGGCGAAAAUUCACCUUGGUAGCUGAUCAUGAGCCCCUGUUGGCUCUGAAGAAGUCAAAGGAUUACUCGGGCAUGAUCGGGCGAUGGGCAACGGUGCUGCGGAGCAUGGAGUUUGACAUUCGUCAUCGAAAGCAUGAGAGACACGGGAAUGCGGACGGACUGACACGACUGCACCGGCCUAAGAAGGUUCCAAAGGGUGAGGAGGUAAUUUCGUGGAACAAACCCGAACAGGAGAUUGGACCUCGGUACGGCCAAGUGGAGAUCUUAUCGAAGCAGAACCUAGGGACGAGGAUACGCUACCAUCGCGGCGGGGAGUAUCUGAAGCCGUACGAGAUCAUCCCUUACGCCUUCUACCCGAGGGCAGAAGAAGUGGUGAUUGACGACGACGACGACGAAGAAGACGACGACGAGGAGACAUCGGAGGAGGGAAGCUAUAGUGAACAUAGCGAGGGCGAGCUGAGUGAGGAGGAGGAGGAAGAAGAAGGAACCGGGUCCGAGUGGGAAGCCCCGCCGGAGGAAGCGACGCGUACGGGAACCGAGGCGGAAGAUCCGGAAGCGGCGCGAAAGCGCGAAGAGAUUACCUCCAGAAAGCGCCAGCUAGAGUUCGCUAGCGAGGCUAGCCUGCGCAUCGGUAGCAAUCCGACCAGGGAUUCAGAGCCGCCGAGGCCCGAAGAUGGCGACCCUGCAGCCGCCACCUCAAGUACCGCGCGACGGAGACGGCGCCGAUCCCCCUCCUCCUCCAGCCCCACCUGUCCCCAAGUUCGCCCACGUACCAAUGCGGGCGAUAGGCCUUCGACCUCGGACGCUGCCCCGCCGACCCCUUGAUUUUCUCACCCUCGAGCAGAUCCGUACCCCCGUCACCUUCCAUUCCCAUC